AUGGCUAUGAAAAGCCUGUCCCCAAUGGAAGACGAACUCAUCCGUUCUGAGUGGGUCAGCCUCGACAAGGAGUCUCUAGAGAUGGUGGACAAGAUCUCCAAGAUUCCCUACUUUGCCUCAGGCAGCGAGGAUCCGCUCUGGGAGGUGCGCUUCGUGCGCGCGCGCAUUGAACGCAUCGUAGGCGAAGCAACCGACUACGAAGCCCACAACGGGCCCUUCCUCGGCGAAACCAUUGGCCGCGUCGCCAACCGCAUCCGCGGCGCCACCCUCGACUCCCUCAACGGCGGCAAGACCUACGCCCUCUCCGCCAACAACGGGCCCAACAACCUGCACGGCGGCGUCGUCGGCUGGGGCAAGCGCAUCUGGCAGGGUCCCACGCCCGUCGGGAUCCGCGCCAUUGCCGGUCUCACGGCCGAUGGCGGCGCUGCUGUCGAGGGUGAGGCCGUGAAGCUUACUCUCGUCGACGGCAAGGAGGUGACGGUUGUGGAGAUUGAUUACUCGGCUGUCUUGACGGGUGACGCGGACGAGACUGUGAUUAACAUGACGAAUCACUCCUACUUCAACCUCUCCGGCCAACCCACCAUCGAAGGCACCGUCGUCACCCUCGCCUCCAACACCUACCUCCCCGUCGACGAAGGCGGCAUCCCCACCGGCGGGCCCGCCCCCUUCCCCUCCGUCACUGCCAACGAGGCCUUCACCCUCGGCCCCGUCGACCCCGACAUCGACGACUGCUUCAUCGCCAACACCGACCCGGCCUCCGUCCCCAUCGACACCCGCGCCUCCGUGCCCCUCGCCCUCCACCUCUCCGCCCACCACCCCGCCACCGGCAUCCACCUCGACGUGCUCUCCACCGAGCCCGCCUUCCAGUUCUACACCGGCAAGUACAUCGACGUCCCCGCCGUCGAGGGCGCCCCCGCCCGCGGCAAGCGCGCCGGCUUCUGCCUCGAGCCGAGCCGUUGGGAUGGAAGAGGCACGGGUGUCUGCUUCACCGCCCCAUUCGUCACCGACAGCUGGCUACUCGGCGCCGCAACCGCCGUCGGCGUGGCGGUGGUUGGCGAUGCUCUCGCAGAACUACCGUGGGACCGCUGCGUAGCAAGCCAAGGUUUGGGCGCGGGCACGGGCGUACACGUCCGCGUCACCGUCACCGUGGCAGGCGUGCCUUCCGCGGCCGCCUUGCCUAGCUUCGCCGAACUAGGCGGGCGCGCAGAGGUCUUCGCAGAGCGCGUCUGCGAUUUGACGGUGGCGGAACCGGUCGAUCGAAUGUCCGCCGUCGGCUGGCUCCGUGGUGCCGAGGAGGCACAGCCACCUCGCGUAAACUCUUGCUCGGGGCGAGGUAGAGGAGGUAGCACUGGGGACGAGUCCGGACCCGGAUCCGGAUCCGGGGCCGAGGCCCUCACAGGGGUUCGAUAG